GAGUUUAUAAAAUUGAAUAAAUAUAUUUCUUGAUGGCGAAAGUCUAUGCUACUGGUCAACUUGGUUAUAAGAAGUAUUGCCAAGAAAGAAUUAGUUAUAUCAAUGAGUUAAAACUGGAAAAAUAAAGAACGGAUCCGCAUGCUAGGUUUAUUAAAAGAUGAAGAGAUGUAUAAGCUUCGAGAACAAAAUAACUCUCUUGAACGUCUUUCAAAAUUAAAGGGCUCUCUGCAAGACCUUAAAAACGCUGGUUCCUCUCUUCAAAAGGUCAAAGAAAAGAUGAAAGAGGAGCAAGAACAGAUCCGUCGAGAAGAGAUGCGGCGUAAAAUGAAGGAAAACCUCCAAGACCGGGUUAAGCUAAGCAAACAACGUGAGCAAGAAAUCAAGGAAAAGCAAGAGCAAACCAGUAAACUCUUGAUUGAAAAAUUUAUGAAAGAAGAGCAAGACUUCACUCUUAAAUAAAGAGGAAGAAGAGAAAAAGAGAGCUGAAGAGAUUAGAAAUAAAGAACUGGAUAUCAAGAACAAGUUCCAAGAAAGACAGAAGCUUGCUAUGCUCAAAGAUGAAGAAUCUAGGAGAAGAAUUGAGGAGAUGAAGGAAGCUAGGAACAAAGUGCCCACUCCAGCUCCAGUAGUCGCCAAAAAGCUUCCACCAGGUGUAGAAAUUGACCCAAAUUCAUUUAAUUUUAAUGUUACUGAGUUGAUCAAAAAUAGGGGUUCCAAGAGUCCCUCUAUUGUAAGGUCAAAUGCGAUAAACAGGGUGAAAUCACAUCUUGAAAAGGAAAAGGAGAAAUAAGGUUGCAUUUUCAAGUAAUACAUCAGUACAAAGAAAGAAACUAGGAUUUCUAAGCACGGUCAAUAAGGAUAAUCAUAUUGGCAGCGUGGCUCUACACAGUGUUAACUCCCAGUCUCCUACACUUGAUUCUAAGAAGAAACUCCCUUCUCUACAGAAACGGUUAAAGAGGUUAGUGGACCCAAUUGCUGCCAAGAGCAAGGUUGAAAAAUUGAUGAGGAAAGUAAGUAUAAAAUCGAGAAAGAAAGAGCAAAACCAUGUUGCCGAUUCUAUGAAGAGCAAGAAAAGAGAGAGAAACAAAAUUAUCGACAGGCUCGCUAUGCUAGGUAAUAUAAGCGUCGCUCCUGUCAAGAAUAAGAACACUACUAUUCAGGAUAUAUGGAGAGGACAUGACUCAGUAGUAGAAAGAACGAAGAGGUCUGAUUUUGCUAAUCCUAUUAACCAUGCUUCUUACGCUCAAUCUCCAGAAAUUUCUUUAAUAGAGAAAGAGAGUCCACAUACUAUUGAGAAGACGAGCAAGACGAGGAGGAAGAAGCCUUCCUUCUCUACUCAUGCCAAGAAUCUUGACUUAUUUUUAGAAGAUUCAAUUAUUGAGAAAUACACUAAAACUUCGAGAAAGAAGAAAUCUAAGAAAGGAAGAAAGCGUGGGUUGAAUAAAAGCGUUAUCCAAGAAAAUGUCGGGAUCCUUCCCAAGUCACUAGAACAUCACUUGUCAAAGAAGAUUAAGCAAGUAAAUCCCUCUUUUGAUGAAGCAUUCAAAUACUAUGAUAACGAUAUUCACGAUCUUAUUGAAGAUAAGGUUUGAAGAACCAAGAUUCAGCAUCAAAGCGAAGCUGCCUCUCCAAGGUUCUUAAUGGCACUUAAGAAGAAGCAGAGAAUGAAUGAGUACUGGAAGGCCAGAGUUAGAAAGGACUUCACCAGACUUGAUAUAAAAGAAGAGAACCCAGAAAGCCCAAAGGGAGAGAAUUCAAGCUUCAGGCUUUUACCUACACAGAGAUAUAAGAAAUAG